UACGGCCUCGCGCCAUUUUAAGAAAGGAACAACUCGCUCGUCGAGACGAGACGAAACCGCACGUUGGUUAUUGUGUUGAUAGACACAUAUUCUAAACUACGAGGGUAUUCGAAAUUCAUGCACGAAGAUUUUCAUAAAAACAUACGGAGGGAUUUGGGUUGAAGUUGGAGUUUUCUUCGGGAUUUGAUGAAAAGCUGAGGUGAACAAUGACUCAGUUUCUACCCCCGAACCUGCUGGCAUUGUUUGCUCCGCGGGACCCGAUACCGUUUCUUCCUCAGUUAGAGAAGCUUCCCCAUGAGAAACAUCACAACCAGCCGUACUGUGGCAUUGCCCCUUUCAUUCGGCAUUUUGAGGAUCCCAGAGAUGCUCCACCACCUACAAGAGCCGAAACGCGAGAUGAAAGGUUGGAGAGAAAGAGAAGAGAGAAGAUGGAAAGGAGGCAAGGUGUUAUGGAAGUUGAACUGAAGAUAUGGGACCCACACAAUGAUCCUAAUGCUCAGGGAGAUGCCUUUAAGACCUUGUUUGUGGCUCGAAUUAAUUAUGACACCACAGAAUCCAAGCUGCGGCGUGAGUUUGAAGUCUAUGGUCCCAUUAAACGGAUUUACAUUGUGUUCAACAAGAAAACCGGAAAACCAAGAGGCUACGCGUUUAUCGAAUACGAACACGAAAGAGACAUGCACUCUGCCUACAAGCAUGCAGAUGGUAAGAAAAUUGAUGGACGGAGAGUACUUGUUGAUGUUGAAAGAGGACGCACAGUCAAAGGAUGGAACCCCCGUCGACUUGGGGGAGGUCUUGGUGGUACACGGAGGGGAGGAGCAGAUGUCAACAUAAAGCAUUCAGGCAGAGAUGACACAUCCCGCUAUGAUGACAGACCAAUUGGAAGUGACCGCGAUCGGGAACGUACCGAUCGAAGAGAACGUAGUCGUGACCGAGACAAGGAGCGUGGAGAACGCAGACGCACUCGUUCUCGAGAAAGGCGCAGACGUACCAGGUCUCGUGAGCGAGAGAGGGCGGUUGUGGUUCCAGCAGAGGAAACUGUGGGCAGCAGCCGACGUCGGGACAGGGAAAGAGAAAGAGGUGCUCCUGGGGAUAGUAGAGAAAGGAGUAGGGACCGGGAUAGAGAGAGAGACCGCAAGAGGAGAAGCAGAAGCAGGGACAAAAAGAGAGACCGGGAGAGAGGAAAGGGAGCAGAUGGAGGGGAAGAAGGCGUUGGUGGGCAAGCUGAAGGCAUGAAUCCAGAUGUAGGAGAAAGGGGUGUGGAGGAAUCCUUGGGUGGUGAACCAAGUGUUCCAGAAGGAGAGGAGAGGGGGCGUGACAGAGAUAAAGACAGAGAGAGGGACAGAGAAAGAAAGCGCAGUCACAGAGAUAAAGACAGAGACAGGGACCGGGAUAGAAGGCGAGACAGGGACAGGGAUCGGGAACACAAGCGUGACCGUGGUGACCGGGAACGUGGAGACCGAAGGGAAGAUAGACACGUGUCAUCCUCAGGUGAUCAGGAGGGUGUUGGUAAUGGAGGUGAAGGCGAAGAACCAGUGCCCCCACAAUCGGAGGAAGGUUCACAGGAUGGGAUGCGAAUGAUCAUGAUGGAUCAGGAUUCAAUGCAGUCAGGCGAGGGCUAUGCCUCCAAUGAGAAUGGUUACAGGAUGGAAGCCCAGGGGGAUGAGUACUAAAAGUGCCAGAUUUUGUGUGUGAUCCAGUUGUAACGUGUUUUCAAAUCACCAAUAUUCUCCCCCCCACCAUUAUUUAAUGCCUCCACCCUUGCUUCACUAUGUCAACAGUGUGUGAGUAUUAUAAACUGUACUACAAACAGUGAUCACAGACUUGAGUGUAUCUCUGGUAGAACGCAUCAUUUUCUUAUAACAAAGAUUAUGUAGAUGAACUGAGCUUUUUUUAUUUUGAACCCAGGUAACCAGUUUGGUACAGUUCACUAUAUAACUAUGCCGUUUGACACAACAAUUUCUGUCCUACAUCAGUAAAUAUUACUGGGAAGAGAUCCCUAACUGAACAAUCUACUCUGUAUUAAAAUAUUGAGCGUUAUGGUCAAGAGACAUAUGUCUUGGUUGUGUAGUGCUGUUAUGUCCAUUUUCAUAGUCGUUUCUUUUGGUAUCGGUUUCCCUGUUUUUUUUUUUUUUGCACAUUUGUUUUAUAUUUGGUCCAAACUGUGACUUGUAAAUCAAUAGUGAUCCCUCACUUUGCUGAAGGCGUAAAUGUAGAAAGUGGAAAAAGAAAUGUUUUUUAAAUAGGAAUGUUUGCCAUGGGUUAACGAAAAUUGCUCUUAAUUUUUUCCCUUUUUAAGCCCAUAUCUGGUUGUAUUGGUUCUGCAUUUCUUUCCUUAAAUAAAUACUUUUUAUUGCCAA